CCGAUGGGCUCGAAAGGGGCCGUCUCACGGAGGUCCACUUUCUGCCGUCCGUCCAUUGCAAAGAUGCACGGCCUUUGAGACGCAUACGCAACUUCGGCGGUCGGACGGACGCCCCUGAUCUGAUCCUCUCAUUUUCUAAGACUCGCUCUCUUCACCGACUCACUUCCAGCUGAAGCGCCUCCCUCCGGAACCCACACUCUCGUCUCUCCGGCUGCGUCCACCGGCUGCGCACCUCUGGCUACUAGCGACGUGAUUUUUCCGGUACCUCCCUCUCGCUUGCUUGCUCGCUCGCACGGGGACCCCUUUCUCUCUGCUUGUGUGGCCAACUGUGGGAAGAUUUGAAAUCAACAGCAAGGGGUAGUUGAGCGAGUCUCAUGUUAUUCUUAGGAAGAAGUUACUUUGUUGGAAAUGGGCCAUAUGAUCGAGGCUGUUUGCCUUGCAUGGGAUUUUCAGGAAAAUCUGAAUUGUCAUCCUUCUCUUGUCAUGGUAGACAGUGCAGCCAUCUAUUUGCAGGCAAUAUCCUGUUAAGAAACUCCCAUUUUCAUAAUUCCAGAAGGUCUCUCUAUGUCUGUUCUAGAAAUUCCGAUGGUCAACAAAGAAAUCCAGAUUUCUCACGGCAAAACAAGCAAGGACCUGGAUUCUCCAGAAAUAGAAGCAGGCCUAACCACGACAGGGAUGAACCUGAAAAGCUUGAAGAAACGGAUUUCCUAUCCCCUAAAAAUGGCCCAUUAUUCUCCACGUCUAGCAGCCCAAGGUUCCAAGCUACUGCUGCUCCAGGCCCACGGGAAAAGGAGAUUGUUGAACUUUUUAGGAAGGUCCAGGCCCAACUGAGAGAGAGAGCUGCUGUCAAAGAAGAAAAGAAGAACGAAGCUGCAAAAGGACAAAUAGAAAGAGGGUCGGUUGACUCGCUUCUCAAACUUUUAAGGAAGCAUUCAUUUGAGCAGGGAACGAGGCAAAGCAGUGAUGAUGUAGACCUCCAACAACCAGAAAGAACUGGUCCACUCGAGAGAGAACCGAAGUCCAGCUACUUUGGCUCCAAUAGCAAAAGUUCAGAGCAGUCUCAAGGACCAAAAAGUACCACAUUCUCAAGGCCACCUUCCGAUUUCAGGCGGAAAUCUCCAGUUCCAAGGGUGAAAUAUCAACCAGUAUAUUCAGCUGAUCCUAGUGGAACUGAAGAUUUCCCUCCCAAGCGCCAAGGGAGGCGAAAGAAGAAAAUCAUAGAACCAGAGGCAGAAGAUGACCUUCUACCCACAUCGAAUGAAGAGUUUGAUGACAUCUCAGGGUCUUUAUCAUCAGAAUCAUAUGAGCUAGAUGAUGAAAUUCAUGAACCUGAUGCUGGUGAGAUUUCUACUCCGAUCAUGGACUACCAACCAGUUUAUUCUGCAGAUCUCAUGAUACCUGAAAAUUCAUCUCCUAAACGCCGAGGGAGACAGAAGAAAAAUGUCAGAGAGGCAGAAACAGUGCAUGACUUUUCACCUACUUCUAGCAAGGAGUUUGAAAGUAUUUCAGGAUCUUUAUCAUCAGAACCAGAAGAGCCAGAAGAAUCUGAGGGUGACAUUUCAGAAACCGAUGACAUGCUUUCAGCAAAAUCUAUAUCUGAGCCAGCAGAUUUGAGCAGUAUGAAGUUGCCUGAUUUGAAAGCCCUCGCAAAGUCCCGGGGAGUCAAAGGUGUUUCUAAGUUGAAGAAAGCUGAACUCCUGAAAUUGUUGCAUGGAGAACUGGGAUGACGAUGGUAUGGUGUAUGAACUUUUGUUGCUCGUGCGUCUGUUCUUUCCUACAGUUAAAUCACGGUUUUGGUUAAAUGAAUUUUGUGUUGUUCAUUUUGGCACGAAGAGCCUUCCCUUGAAAUUUCAAGUAACGUAAGAGCAUGAGUAAAAGAUGAUAUGUUUCUCUUUCA